AUGGGAAUAUUUAACUCCAGAAUCUCUCCCAUUCACAUCCAACAAGACCUAUCCCAUACAUCUCCACCUGCCUCCUUAGGGUUAACAACACAGUCUUUGCGAGAACGAAACACCGACACCAUCGACCUCUCUCAACGAGGUCCGAUCACCUCCAGAGGGAUAAGAGCCGACCAGAAUUGCGUUGAAUCCCAGCCUAUGGAUAGACGUCUAUUAUUCUGA